GAUUUCGCUUUUGCGAUAAAGAAGUGGAAGUAAAGCUCAGCUGCAAAGAAGCUUGCACUUGCAGGCGGAAGUCAGGAAGAUAAAAGCCAUGGCCGUGAAGAGGCGGCGGUCCAGUACUAGCAACAGGAUGGAUGCUAUCACUAAGCACAUUCCACGCAAAGUAAAACGGGUGCCUAGAAAUAAAGAAAACGUUUCCCCAAGUCACACUAAAACAUGUAGCAAAAAUCAUGAAUCUCCUGUACAGAGGAAGAGACCCAGUGAUUCCGUCUCCCCAAUCCCCACUAAAAAACAUAGAGAAAACCAAGGAUCUCCUGUGUUCAGGAAGAGAUCCAGGGACUAUGUUGGACCCCAUCAUAUCAGUAAGACACCUGAACAAAGGUCACCCCUACCUCUCAAUGUCAUUGCUAAGUCUGGGGCUAAGGCACUUGCACCCCUCUUCAACAGUUCUACAAUCAGAGGUUCUGUGAACACAAUCUUCAAUUAUUCUGUAGACAGUAACAACAGCGGAACAGGAAUUCAGACAGGGGAGCUUGGGAGACAGCCUCCAGAUUCCCCAGCACAACACCAGAAUGCUUGCAAAGAAGAAGACACAAAGCUUCAAGAAGCCCAAGAGAAGAAUAAAUCUAAUCUGAAAAAAAAAAAUGAAAGCAUAUUUGAGGGAAUUGCAAGGCCAGGGAAAUCAGUGUUACUCAAAAGUGUUUACACAAACCUCUGCUUCACAGAGGGUGACAGUGGAGGUGUCAAUGAUGAACAUGAGGUGUGGCAGAACAAGGGAACAUCCAGAAGAGAGGUGUCACAACAUAUGUGUGUUUGUAUCGAUGAUAUAUUCAAACCACUACCAGGUCAAGAAAAAUCCAUUAGGACUGUACUAACAAAGGGUAUUGCAGGAAUUGGAAAAACGGUCUCUGUGCAGAAGUUUGUCCUUAACUGGGUAGAAGGCAAAGCAAAUCAAGAUGUAGUUUUUAUAUUUCAGUUUGCUUUUCAAGAGCUUAAUGCAGUGUGCCAGAAUGAACUAAGUCUAAAGAAACUUAUUUAUUCAUUCUACCCAGAAACUAAGCACUUAAAUGUUAAGGCUUACAAAGUUCUGUUUAUCUUCGAUGGCCUAGAUGAGUAUCGGUAUCCUUUGAAAUUCUUGAGCAAGAGGUGUGCUUCCAUCACUGAAAUAGCACCUUUGGAUGUGUUGCUGUCAAAUCUUAUAGAGGGAAAUCUGUUUCCUUCUGCUCUCCUUUGGAUAACCUCUCGACCAGCAGCAGCCUGUCACAUUCCUCCAAAAUUUAUUAACCAGGUGACAGAGAUACGGGGGUUUAAUGACCCUCAGAAAGAGGAGUACUUCAGGAAGAAAUUUCCAGAUCAGCACCUGGCGAGCAGAAUUAUCUCUCAUGUUCAGUCAUCAAGAAGCCUCCACAUCAUGUGUCACAUCCCAAUCUUCUCUUGGAUUUCAGCUGCUGUUCUUGGGCAAAUGUUGACUAAAGAUGACCAAGAGAUUCCCAGCACUCUAACACAAAUAUACUCUCAAUUCCUGCUCAUUCAGAUCAACCUUAUGAAUAACAAGCAUCAGAGUGACACCGAGAGGAACGUAACAAAGCUGCAAAGACGAGACAAAGAAAUCCUUAUGAAACUAGCUGAAUUUGCUUUUAAGCAGCUGGAGAAGGGCAGUGUCAUGUUUCAUAAGGAGGACUUAAAGGCCUGUGGCUCUGGUAAUGUUGCAGGCAGUUCAGUGUACUCUGUUUUGUGCACAGAAGUCAUUGAAGAAGAAAUUGCACUGAUUCAGGAAAGGUUCGGCUGCUUUGUCCAUCUGUCCAUUCAAGAAUUUCUUGCUGCUCUUUAUACACUUCAUUUAUUCACAUCUAUAAAGAUGAAUUUGUUGAAAGAAUUUUUCAAGAAGAACCCCAGAACUUUACAUGGACUGCAGAAAGCUGCCAUUAACAAAGCCCUUGAGCACAAGAACGGACAGUUUGAUCUUUUUCUUCGCUUCCUUCUGGGCAUGUCACUGGACAUCAAUCAAAGUCUCCUCAAAGACCUUCUGCCAUGGACAGGAAGAACUUCAGAGAGCAUUAAGAAAACAAAGCUGCACAUCAACAACUUGUUGAAGAAGAAGGGUCUUUCUCCAGACAGAGGCAUCAACCUCAUACAUUGUUUGGUUGAGCUGAAUGACUGUUCCCUGCUGGCGGAAAUCCAAAAGGGUGAAAGUACAGGUCCAAAAAAACAAAUUCGUAUUGCUCUGUGCUCAGCAUUGGCCUAUAUGCUAAUGUCAGAUACAGUGUUGGAUGAAUUCGACCCAAAGAAAUACAAAACAUCACAAGAGGGUUUUAGGAGACUAAUCCCAGUGAUAAAGCACAGCAGAAGAGCACGGUUGGACCACUGUGGUCUCUCUGCUGACUGCUGUGAAACUGUGUCCUUCGCUCUCCAGUCGGCCAACUCACACUUGACAGAGCUGAAUCUGAGCCACAAUGACCUGGGGGAUUUGGGUCUGGAGAAACUCUGCGUUGGACUGAAGAGUCCAAACUGUAAACUGGAGUCAUUGGACCUCAGCUUCAAUAAACUGAAUGCAUCAGGGAUGAAGCUGCUCUCUGAUGUAUUGAUUGGUCCACAUUGUAAACUACAGAGUCUGGAUCUCAGUAACAAUGACCUGGAGGACUCAGGAGUAAAUGUCCUCUGUCAGGCACUGUCAAACCAUCAGUGCAAACUGAAGACCCUGAGACUGUCCAAGUGUCGAGUCACAGAGGGAGGUUGUACUUCUCUGGCUUCAGCUCUGCAGUUGAACCCAUUAUACUUGAACGAGCUGGAUAUAUGCAACAACCACCCAGGGGACUCAGGAGUCAGGACCUUCAUUGAUGUACUAAGAAACAGUGAUUUGGAGUACCUAAAAAUUGGCUGUGUUGGAGACCAUAAAAUAGAACUGAAUAAAUACACCAGGGAGCUCACAGUGGACCUGGACAGAGCCAACAAAAAUCUGUAUAUCAAUAAGAAGCACAGAAGACUGAGUAAAAGAAAUGAAGAGUAUAAAAACAUAAUGAAUCAAAGAAAGAGAAAAACGGACUCAUCUCCUGAACACAAAGAGAGUUUCCAUCACCGUAACAAAGUGCUGUGCAAAGAGGGUGUUAAUUGAUGAUUUAACACUAAUUCCCUAAGUUCAGGUCCUGUAAAGUACGAGUGUGUCUGGAUUGGACGGCUGGCACCCCAUCCUUCUACAGCAUUUCUUUGGGAAGAAUUCCAUAAAACUUUU